CUUUUUUCUCUUUUGUAUAAAAUAUUAAAAAGAGACCAAAAGAAUAUUUCACUCGUUUUUUCUCUGUGUCUUCUAUUUUUCUUUUUUCACUUAUUAGAUCGAAAGCAUAAUUUUCAAUUACAAUUACAAUUCCUAUCCGAUCGAUCAGAUUUCCGAUGGCCGGAAAAUCGAAACCGAAGCCAUUAAAUGUUUAUCUUUAUAUUCCUAACAUCAUUGGGUACUUGAGAAUUUUGAUGAAUUGCGUUGCAUUUGCUGUGUGCUUUGUGGACAAAAAGCUAUUUUCACUUCUGUAUUUUAUUAGUUUCGUUUGUGAUGCUUUGGAUGGUUGGUGUGCUCGCAAAUUCAAUCAAUCUUCGACAUUUGGGGCUGUUUUGGACAUGGUGACAGAUAGGGUUAGCACUGCCUGUCUGCUGGUUAUUCUUUCGCAGGUUUAUAGGCCUGGUUUAGUUUUCUUGUCAUUGCUUGCUCUUGAUAUUUCCAGCCAUUGGUUGCAAAUGUAUAGUACCUUCUUAGUAGGAAAGACGAGUCACAAAGACGUCAAGGACAGCAGCAGCUGGCUAUUUAGGCUUUAUUAUGGAAAUAGGAUGUUUAUGGGCUACUGUUGCGUGUCAUGUGAGGUUCUUUAUAUUACAUUGUUCCUUCUUGCAAGGAAAGAGACUGAUAGUCUUAUUGAUGUUCUUGUAAAUACUACAACAAGAAGUUGGAUUUAUCUCGUCUUACUUGCUCUUCUUGUGUUUGGAUGGGCAAUCAAGCAAUUUGUUAAUGUUAUACAGAUGAAAACCGCAGCUGAUGCUUGUGUGCUGUAUGACAUUAACAAAAAACAGUAGAACUGAUGUAGACGUUAAACAAGAGGCUUCUGCAAUAACGCUUUUUCUGAAUGGUGCAUUGUGGUUUUCUGUAUACCGCGUUUGGUAACACACUCCAGUAGUCCUUCCAGGCAGCAGCUUCUUUGGCGAUGACUUGAAUUGGAAAGUUUUUUGAUGCAUACAUUCUGUAGGAAAUGAUCUGAAAUUUUCGACAAACAACUGCUUAUGGUCUAAGACCUAUGUGUGUCAUUUCUCCCUCUGUGGUUGUGCCUAUGAUUCUAACGGGCGUAUUCGCUGUCGAAUUUUUGUUUUUGGUGUGUUUAGUUGGAAUAUGUACAUACUCCUUGGGAUGUCAUAGGGAUUUCAAUGUUUAAUUCUCUCUAUUGUUUACUAAUAGCCAUUGGAUUUUGUCCCCUCUUGGUUCCGUAACUUUGAUUUCUGUUCCAUGAUCAAUAUUUGAUAUGUUGUAGUUUUGA